CCUCGCGCCUUCCUAAGCAGUGCUGCGUCCAGAGUGCGGGUGCGAGCUAGCGGGAGGCGACGGUGCGGCCACUCGGCCGUGCGGUGACUGCGGCCACCUGCCGGAGCCCCCUGGCCCGCGCUCAGAUCCCGGCGAUGCGCCGCGGCGCCGCAUGGGCGCUGCUGCUGGCCGCAGCCCUGGGGCUCGGGGCGCGCGGGGUGCUCGCUGCGGUGGCCCUCGCCGACUUCUACCCGUUCGGCACGAAGCGCGGCGACGCCGUCACCCCCAAGCAGGACGACGGCGGCUCGGGGCUGCAGCCCCUCUCGGUGCCCUUCCCGUUCUUCGGCGCCGAGCACUCCGGACUCUACGUGAACAACAACGGGAUCAUCUCCUUCCUGAAGGAGGUCUCUCAGUUCACCCCCGUGGCCUUCCCCAUCGCCAAAGACCGCUGUGUGGUGGCAGCCUUCUGGGCGGAUGUGGACAACCGGCGUGCAGGUGACGUCUACUACCGUGAGGCCACUGAUCCAGCCAUGCUGCAGAGAGCCACAGAGGACAUCAGACGGUACUUUCCCGAGCUCCCGGACUUCUCUGCUACCUGGGUUUUUGUGGCCACCUGGUACCGAGUGACCUUCUUUGGAGGCAGCUCCUCUUCCCCCGUCAACACAUUCCAAACAGUGCUCAUCACCGACGGCCGGUUCUCCUUCACCAUCUUCAACUAUGAGUCCAUCCUGUGGACCACGGGUACACACGCCAGCAGUGGAGGUGACGCUGACGGCCUGGGAGGCAUCGCAGCCCAGGCAGGUUUCAACGCAGGUGAUGGGCACCGUUACUUCAACAUCCCUGGGUCACGCACAGCAGACAUGGCUGAGGUGGAGACCACCACCAACGUGGGCGUGCCCGGGCGCUGGGCGUUCAGAAUCGAUGAUGCCCAGGUGCGCGUGGGGGGCUGCGGCCAUACAACCUCUGUGUGCCUGGUCCUGCGUCCGUGCCUCAAUGGCGGCAAGUGUAUUGACGACUGCGUCACGGGCAAUCCCUCCUACACCUGCUCCUGCCUCGCUGGCUUCACGGGCCGGAGAUGCCACCUGGAUGUGAACGAGUGUGCUUCCCACCCUUGCCAAAAUGGUGGGACCUGCACCCAUGGCGUCAACAGCUUCAGCUGCCAGUGCCCAGCCGGCUUCAAGGGACUCACCUGUGAGUCAGCCCAGUCUCCAUGUGACAACAAAGUGUGUCAAAAUGGCGGCCAGUGCCAGGCAGAGGGCAGCUCUGCAACAUGUGUGUGCCAGGCUGGGUACACUGGGGCCACCUGUGAGACAGAUGUGGAUGAAUGCAGCUCUGACCCAUGCCUGAAUGGAGGAUCCUGUGUUGACCUGGUUGGAAACUACAGCUGUAUUUGUGCGGAGCCCUUCGAGGGACCUCGAUGUGAGACAGGAAGCUACCUGGUGCCUUCCCCCUGCCUCUCCAACCCCUGCCAGAAUGGGGGCACCUGUGUGGAUGCGGAUCCAGGAUACGUGUGCGAAUGCCCUGAAGGCUUCAUGGGCUUGGACUGCAGAGAGAGAAUCCCCAAUGACUGUGAGUGCCGGAAUGGAGGCAGAUGCCUGGGUGCCAACACCACCCUCUGCCAGUGUCCUCCAGGCUUCUUUGGGCUCCUUUGUGAAUUUGAAGUCACAGCCACGCCCUGCAACAUGAACACACAGUGUCCAGACGGAGGCUACUGCAUGGAGUACGGCGGGAGCUACCUAUGCGUCUGCCACACCGAUCACAACAUCAGCCACUCUCUGCCAUCACCCUGCGACUCCGACCCUUGCUUUAAUGGAGGUUCCUGCGAUGCCCACGACGACUCCUACACGUGCGAGUGCCCACGUGGAUUCCACGGCAGGCACUGCGAGAAAGCUCGGCCGCACCUCUGCAGCUCCGGGCCCUGCCGGAACGGGGGCACGUGCAAAGAGACAGGCAAUGAGUACCACUGCACCUGCCCUUAUCGCUUCACUGGGAGACACUGUGAGAUUGGAAAGCCAGACUCCUGUGCCUCUGGCCCCUGUCACAAUGGUGGCACUUGCUUUCACUACAUUGGCAAAUACAAGUGUGACUGUCCUCCGGGCUUCUCUGGGCGGCACUGCGAGAUAGCCCCCUCGCCCUGCUUCCGGAGCCCAUGUCUGAAUGGGGGUACCUGUGAGGAUCUAGGAGCAGAUUUCUUCUGCCACUGCCAGCCAGGGUAUACAGGACACCGGUGUCAGGCAGAGGUGGACUGUGGUCGCCCUGAGGAGGUGAAGCAUGCUACCCUGCGCUUCAAUGGCACUCACAUGGGCUCAGUGGCCCUGUACACAUGUGACCGUGGCUUCAGUCUGAGCGCCCUCAGCCAUGUUCGGAUCUGCCAGCCACAAGGUGUCUGGAGCCAGCCUCCCCAGUGCAUUGAGGUUGAUGAGUGCCAAUCUCAGCCAUGCCUGCACGGCGGCUCAUGCCAGGACCUCACUGCCGGUUACCAGUGCCUCUGCAGCCCAGGGUACGAAGGAGUCCACUGUGAGCUAGAGACAGAUGAGUGCCAACCGCAGCCCUGCAGAAACGGAGGCUCCUGUAGGGACCUGCCCGGGGCUUUCAUCUGCCAGUGCCCUGAAGGUUUCAGUGGAGUCCACUGUGAAACAGAGGUGGACGCCUGUGCCUCCAGCCCCUGCCAGCACGGAGGCCGGUGUGAGGACGGUGGUGGGGCCUACCUGUGCGUGUGUCCAGAGGGCUUCUUUGGCUACCACUGCGAGACAGUGAGUGACCCCUGCUUCUCGAGCCCCUGUGGGGGCCGCGGCUACUGCUUGGCCAGCAACGGGUCCCACAGCUGUACCUGCAAAGUGGGCUACACAGGCAAGGACUGCAGCAAAGAGCUCCUCCCACCAACAGCUCUCAGGGUAGAGAGGGUGGAGGAGAGCGGGGUCUCCAUCUCCUGGAGCCCCCCUGAGGGCACCGCAGCCAGACAGGUGCUGGACGGCUAUGCGGUCACCUACGCCUCCUCGGACGGAUCCUUCCGGCGCACAGACUUCGUGGACCGGAGACGCUCCUCCCACCAGCUGCGGGCCCUGGCAGCCGGCCGUGCCUACAACAUCUCAGUUUUCUCAGUCAAGCGAAACACCAACAACAAAAACGACAUCAGCAGGCCUACGGCACUGCUCGCCCGCACCCGACCCCGCCCUGUGGAAGACUUUGAGGUCACCAACGUUUCAGCCAAUGCCAUCUCAGUGCAGUGGGCUCUUCACAGGAUCCAGCACGCUACGGUCAGCAGGGUCCGAGUGUCCAUCCUCAACCCUGAGGCCUCGGUGGCCCAGUCCACUGAAGUGGACAGGAGUGUGGACCGACUCACAUUUGGGGACCUGCUGCCAGGAAGAAGAUACGUUGUGCGGCUAACCACCCUCAGUGGUCCUGGAGGAGCUGAACACCCUACUGAGAGCCUGGCCUCAGCACCACUGAACGUGUGGACCCGGCCUCUACCUCCAGCAAACCUGACUGCCUCUCGAGUCACAGCCACCUCUGCCCACGUGGUCUGGGACACCCCCAGUCCUGGUAUCUCACUGGAGGCUUAUGUCAUCAAUGUGACCACCAGUCAGAGCACCAAGAGCCGCUACAUCCCCAACGGGAAGCUGGUGUCCUACACAGUGCGUGACCUGCUGCCAGGUCGGCGGUACCAGCUCUCGGUUACAGCUGUGCAGAGCACAGAGCAGGGCCAGCUGCACAGUGAGCCUGCCCACCUCUACAUCAUCACUUCCUCCAGGGAUGGCGCCGACAGACGUUGGCACCAGGGAGGACACCACCUACGGAUGCUCAGAAAUAGACCGGCCCCUGUGCGCCUGCCGGAGCUGCGCCUGCUCAAUGACCACAGUGCCCCUGAAACACCAACUCAGCCCCCCAGGUUCUCAGAGCUUGUAGAUGGAAGAGGAAGAGUGAGUGCCAGGUUUGGUGGCUUGCCCAGCAAAUCAGUCACUGUGAGAUCACAACCCACCACUCUGGUGCCGCUCAAGAACACCGAGGAGGCCCCUGAGCAGGUCAGCCUGGCCCUGCAGCUACCCAAGAACAGCAGCAAGGACACAGAAAGCGCCCCUGGUAGCUGUUCAGAAGAUGCCUGUCAGAACGGAGGCACCUGUGUGCCAGGCGCCAGUACCCACAGCUGUGACUGCAAGCCUGGGUUCAAAGGCAGACACUGUGAGCUCGCCUGUGAGAAGGUGCCUCGUCCCUGCACUCGGCUGUUCUCUGAGACGAAGUCGUUUCCUGUCUGGGAAGGAGAUGUCUGCCACCAUGUGUAUAAGAAAGUCUACAAAGUUCACCAGGACAUCUGCUUUAAAGAGCGCUGUGAGAGCACCAGCCUCAAGAAACCCCAAACAGGAAACAAAGUAACAGUCAAACACUGAAGAAAUCUUAAGCACACACUCCUUCAAACCAAGAUCUGUUGAGAACUGGAGACGCCAACAUACCCAGCACCUUGAGCACUGAGGUUCUUUAUCAGACACUGAUGGCAGACUCAGCACUGUGCUAUUACAGACCCAACCAGGAAGGUUCCAGAAUUCCCUGACUAUAGCCUCCCUAUAGACAUAACCUGGUCUGGCCUUGCAUAUGAAUCUGCUUACAGGUGGAAAUGAGACUUUAUGGGGAGGGACAUCUCUCUCUCUCUCUCUCUCUCUCUCUCUCUCUCUCUCUCUCUCUCUCUCUCGGCAGGCCAGUUACAGUGAGGCAAGGCACAAGAACCACCGGCCCCUUCAGUGGGCUUGGGUGGUAGUAGGAUCAAGGAUGCCACACAACCCUGGGGGUGCUGGGAAGGACCUAAGGAAGUACCCCCAGGCCCUGUGAAUGGCAUUCUACUGGUAGAACAGGGUGGGAGUCUUGCCAUGUAACACCCAGGCGAUCCUAAAUACAGCCUCUCCCUGGGAGAGUUACAGUGGAUCCUGGAAUUCCAAACACUAAUAACCCUGAAAUCAAAGAAACUUGGCCUGUUUGAUCCAGCAUGCUCCACCCACGUCCCCAUGUGUAAACUGUGAGAGGUUAAAGGGCAUUGGACUUUUUUCCACAACAGUCUGGAAAAUAUAGGGUUACUCUGCAGAAACCCCUGUACAGCCCAAACCCAGACCACAGUGACUUCUUAUUGGCCUGACAUCAAUUGGGAAUGACAGACUUGGCUGGCUCAAGACAGUUUACUCCUUUUCCUUGGGAAAGCCAGAACAGUUCAUCUUUCCAGUGGUGGGAGAGAGGCACAUCUGGAAACCAGCCACUUCAGGAGUCACUUUUUUCUUCUACAGUAGAGGACAUGAAGGAGAAAUGUCACCCAAAGGCCUAAGAACAACCCAAAGCAAAGAAACUCCAGGCAAAGCUCAUCCUACGAAAAAGUGCUCACAGAUAUGACAUCAGCAUGGCUAGAUCAGGGCAUCAGAGCAGCAGGCUCUCAGACAGGCCCAAGAGGAGGGCCUCUGCAGCUUCACCAUUUCAGAUGGGAAAACCCUGCCUGAAGAGCACCUGACCACACUCAAAUCCUGUCCACUCAACAGCAUCGCCUUCUCACCUCAGCCUCCAAGAAUGCACACACAAAACACCCUCCAACACUUGUGAGCAACUUAACCCCACAGAGAUCAGGAGUCCACCAAUUAUUUGGUUUUUAAAAUAUUUGUACAGCAGUAAGUCACAUGAGAUACUGAUGCAUCUCUUUUAAGAACUCACCCAGAAAAUCCAUGUUUAUAAAAGUGAAUAAUCCUCAGCUACUUACCACAUACUGGCUUAUAGAACACUUAUUUUCAGAGCAACAGGGAAAACACACACACAUACAUAUACAUACACACACACACACACACACACACACACACACACACACACACACACUCAAGAAAAACAUCAACACUUACCAUUCCAGGCUGCCCUGGGAAAAAGACCCAGUGCCAUCACCAAAGGCAGGCAGCAGAGGACCAGCAGCCUGUUGAUUCAAAUUUAAAUCACAGGCUGAGCCCAGGUGUCCCCACAGAGGUGCGUGUUCUCACUUCCAUCCCUCUGCAUCACAGCCAGCUGGAAUUCUGGCGAUGCAAGAAUGAAUACAGGUCCCCUGGGGGACAGUGCCUGCUGCCUCCAGAGACAGUGGGUAUAAAGAGGAAUGUGUCUCAGCUUGCUGCUCUUCCUUCAAAGGGGUCAGCAUGUCCUAGUAACACUGCUUGCCUCAAGAAUUUCCAAAACCCAGGAAGAUGAGGUCCAAAACUUAAAAAUGAGACAAGUUCCUGACUGUAGCUGGUCUUCUCUAAGAUCUCUGUGCUCAGAUUUCUAGAAGAGACAGCCAGACCCACACACCCAAGGACUCCUGCAGGGGGAGCACUUGGGAGCACUGGGAGCACUCUUAACCCAGCUGCUGUUUUCUGCCAGGACCUCUGUGAGCAGUGAGUGUGCAGUUACCUGGAUUAGUGGGCUCUCAGUAAUGCUUCUCUGUGCUCAGAAACCCACCCCCAGAUUCCAGGGUCGGAAAAGUGUCCCCUGAACCCUCAAAACAUGGAGAAGAGAGGGCUCGGCUUUCACAAGAGAUGCAAGAAGGGCCAUGAGCUUUACCCUGCUCCCCUCAUGUAUACUGACCUAAAGAAGAAAUGCUGGUUACUACUACAACAGGGUUUAGACACUUGGUCUACAACUCAGGGGUUGGCAGGGCAGACAAAUGCUCAGGCAGUAUUUUGGGCUUUCAGAUGAAAUGACCUCUCUGGCACCCACCCAGUUCUGCUACUGUACUGCCAACAUGGUCACAGAUGUAGAUAGCAUGGCUGUAUUCCCAUAAAUCUUCAUUCACAAAAACAGGCAGUAGGCCAUAGUUGGCAGGUACCUGGUUUGUGAGAUGAUCCAGACCUCAGUCUUCUGUAGAGAAAGUCAUCUUCCUGAAUGACAAAUCGCCAUCAAGGCAUGAAGACCCCUGAACCCUCAUAGAAGAAAAGCAAUCAAGAUCCUUAUUCAGAAACCCGAGAUCUGCACACAGCACAGGAGAGCAGCAGGAGCUGCUCUGUUCAGAUCCGAAGGGAACACUUAGAGACACAGGGCAGGCCGGCUCCAGGAGACAGUGUCCAAGGCUUCCUGCGAUCUGUACCUCGAGCCGAUGGUAUGGCCUACCAAGACGGACACCCUUCACACAGCCUCCGCUUUCCACUCCUCUCUCAACGAGGCUCCAACUGCUGUCUUCUCCUGCAGAGAGCUCACAACCAGAAAAGCCAACCACAGCUUGAUCCCUCAAGAGCACAGCUCACCUGACUGGAGAUCCGGCACCAAGAACUACAUCCCGACCAGAGGCCCCCUGCCCUCUAGUUCAUAAAAACAUGCUUUGAAGAAUAACAUUUAUUGUUCACUAAAAAUUUCUGAGCCUGUUUUUCUCUUUCAGGAAGGUGGAGCAGUCAUGUCAAAAACUCACUACUGUACCUUAGAUACACACUGACUUAUCUCCAGGGGCCUGGAGGGCCAAAGACAGGGCUCAGAGACCAGGUCCACAAACAUGUAUGUCAAAUUCCAUGCGACACUGAGACCUGCCACCAUCCCUCCGCAUAAGCUACAGCAUUAGCAGUGAAUGGCAAGAUCAAGUGGACAUCAAAUGACAUCACUGGAGACAUAGAUGAAACCUUUAUACUAUACGAAUGACCUCAGGAGCCUUACCCGCUAGGCAGACACUGCCACGUUCCCAUUUCCUGUUGGAGCCCAUGUUUCAAACAAGACCCAGCCUACUGAAUGCUGACUGUGGAUCUUCCGAGUGGAGAAAGACUUGCUGGUGCUGAGGAAGAAGUGUGUAUCAUUCCAAACAUGCUGCUUCUGCUUUCUCACACACCUUUCUUAAGCAGAUUUAUGCCCUUCAAAACAAUCACUGUCCACUUGGGAAAUGGCACAAUGGAAUCCAAAAACUUACGAGGUGUAAAGGUUUAUUUUUUGUGUCCAAAUGAAGGAACAACCAUGAGUUGUUGGGCUCACCAUUUGCUAGUCAAAAAUACAGGAUGAGCAGACACCUAAUUAAGCUCAGGGUUGGGGUUCUAUUUGGCUCUGAUGGAGCCCAAGACCAAACAUCCUACAUUCAGAGAAAGUGAAGGUCAUUUCGAUGCCACAAAGUGGAAGAGUAGGCAGCAAAGAAUGAGCAUCACUGUUCUCAAAUAGUUUUGUCCAUGGCCAAGAAUAGCUAGAAGGCAUUCACCUUCUCCACUGCCCAUGGCUGUUAGUGGUAGACACGAUGGCUUGCUGUCUUGCUUUGGUGGAGAGUCCAACAGGCAAAGACACACCCUUGCCAGGCAGGAGUUAACCUGCCUCACAUACCUGCCAUAGUGGGAGCUCUGACUAUAUGGGAAUCUUGGUGUGACUGCUUUUCUUUGUGAAUACCCUCUUUGUAGUCAGGCUCCAGGGGAGUCCAAAGCCUCCACACUUUGGUGCGGAUUCCUCACAAAAUACACCUCAGAUCCAGCAAGAUCUCUACUUUAGACAGAAAUAAAUCGUUGAGUCCAUUUGCAAUCUAAAUUUGUUAUGGUCACAUUACUGGGCCAGGUCUUGGAGCAAUUUCUCAGCUUUGACACUGCUUUGUGGACCUGAUCAUUCAUAUGCAGUGCAAUGUAGGGUAUUUUACAGCAUCCCUGGCUUCUACCCACAAGAUCCCAGGGCCAUGACACACAAAAAAAAUCUCCAAAGAUGGUCAGAUGUCUUGAGGAUCAGGGUCAUCCCCAUCUAUGCGAUGGAUUCUGUCUAUAUAGGAAAUACAUAGGGGUUUCACAUGACUAUUAAAUGUCACCAAGUAGGAAAAAAAUACUACCAAGCAUAUCUGAUUUUGGCUGUCCCAUCAAAAAGCUUUCUGCAUCACCAACCCUGUGCAGUUUCCUGAGGAAGGACCACAGACAACUUUCUAGGAGGCGUCACAGCUCCAUCAAACCAGGCCUCUCCUCAGAGCUCACCUCAUCCCAGUCCCUGUACUUGACAUCACUCCAAGACACUAUCAUCCCCCCCCCCCAUGAUAUCCAUGCCAGGGUAUCUGAAAGCUUCCUAGAACAAACCAAAAUCAGACCUGGGGCCUGUACUCUGCUCCACCUAUCAUACAGAAGGCUGAAGGGAUGUCACCUAAGACCACCUCCUGCCCCUGAAGUGCUGGUUCUGAGCCAGCUCACUCCGCAGCCCAGGCUAAAGAGCCAAAGAUACUACUAGCCAGGAACCCACAUGAAGGCCAACUUGCCCAAGCAGGAAGUGUCAGCAGCUCACAGAUGAGAAGACUGCGAAACUAAGGAACAUAUUACUAACCAACGCUUUCCACUCGCUGUACACGGAACACAUUAGAGGGCCGUGAAAUGAUGUCGGAUUAAAAACAUGACUAUUUUGUGGAAAACCUGCUACUUGUUUUCAUAAAAUAAAGUGCUAUGACAUAAUACCCUCA